CUAGUUGCUGGCAUUUUCACUGCUUCCACCAUUGCAGAAAAGAAGACACAGGUAGACUCUGUGGUUGCUCCAGUCCCAUCUCUUCGCCUGCCAUAUCAUCGGAGGACGAAACGGUACACUCUAACUCCAGGCCUACUCAAAUGGGACCACUUCAAUUUGACAUACAGAAUUGUCUCAUUCCCAAGAAACUUAAUUAAUGAAAGUGAAACAAGAAAGGGCAUAGUGUCAGCCUUCCGUAUGUGGAGUGAUGUGACUCCCUUCCACUUCAAAGAAGUCCCUGCAGACCAAGAAAGUGACCUGAAGAUUGGUUUCUAUGGUAUAAAUCACACGGACUGCCUGGAGUCAACCAUCCACUACUGCUUUGAUGGAACAACUGGGGAGUUAGCACAUGCCUAUUUUCCAAAGACUGGGGAAAUUCACUUUGAUGACAGCGAAUACUGGAUUGUGGGGAACACCAGGUUCAGCUGGAAGAAAGGAGUGUGGCUAACAGAUCUGAUACACGUAGCAGCACAUGAGAUCGGACAUUCUCUGGGGCUAAUGCACUCUCUGAACAGAGAUGCUCUGAUGCAUAUUAAUGCCACACUGACUGGGAAGAAGACUAUCUCCCAGGAUGACAUGUGG